CAUCUAGUACGUUGAGUUUAUAACCAGAGGUCUCCAGCACCGCUUUAUUAAAGUAGAUCAUAAUCUAAUGAAAUAAUGUUCAUGUUAUGUAAUAUUGAUUUAAUAUUGAUCGUAAAAUCAUGUCUUCUAAACUGCUGUUCUUCAGAAAAAUCCUACAGCUUCCACUAAGUCUUUGGUUAUCUCAGCAUCUUUUGUGUCCUGCCCUUCAGAAGAUACUUGCAUGUUUCCCGGAAGACAAAAUAAGUUACAUUUAACCUGAUCUUCAAAUUCAGAAUGUUUUCUACCUUCAUUGUUGAAACGGAGGUUGAUUUGAACCAACAAAUUUCUGGAUUCAUUCGCAUAGGUCAUUUGUUUGCAUUUAAUUGCAUUGUAAUCAUGAUAUAACUUCAGAUUGAGAGAAGUUAACUUAUAUCUGAUAAUAUUGUCAAUUAUUAGACGUUUCCAAACAACUAUUUAUAUUAAACAAACCUCAAAAAGGUCAAUAUAUUUUUAAAUGUUGCACAGAUUCAUUACACACUGAGUAAUUAGAGCUUGAAAUAUUUCACUGUGUAAUGAAUCUAUAUAAUUCAUCUAUCAUGUAGUUUCAGAUCCUGAAAUGAGUCAAUGACAAAACAUAUAGAUCUUUUUCAUGAUACAAUUUUAUUUAUUUUUUUAGAUGUACCUGUGCAGCAAUCUUCAUGAGCACCACUAGCUGUUCAAAACUAAAACAAGAAAUUGUCUUAAGAAGAAAAAUAAGCGGCAAAGGAUAAAGAUAAAUCUUACCUUUACCGAGAGAGAAAAAGAGAGCGAUAUAUUACUUGUCUGUGAAUCUCUUCUUCUAAUAACGAAUCUGUAAUUGAUCUGCUCCUAAUAGCUCCACACCGGGAAAUGUCAUGUAGUUUUUCAGCUGAGAUUCGGUUUUCUUCAUAAAGUCACGGGGCUUCGGUUGUGCGCGUCCAUGCUCCGCGUGCACGUGAGUGAGAGCACGCUUUCCAUCCGAAUAAAAACUAAAAACUUUCCUUGGAGAUAUAUAAAUAAAUAAUACUAAAAAUAAUAAUAAUAAUAAAAAAAUAAUUUAGAAAAUAGUGUGAUCUUUUCCGGUUAUUAUUUAGCAUAUUCCGUGUCUUUUGAUGUUUUAGUUAUUUUACUAGUAGCCUGUAGUAUAUUAAUAAUAAGAAGAACAACAAACAAACAAAUAAUAAAUACAUUUUUAAAAAAAAUUAAAUACAUCUCUUCUUGGGAGUUUAGUCACGUGACUAGAAUGCUUUGCAUAAAUCCUGCGCGUGCUGUCUAUGACGUUUGAAAUUAGAAUGAACAGAAUCUUUCUAAACUCAUUCUUUUUGAUCGCUUUUGCAACUCUGCUCGUUUGCAUUCUGCUCUACUGCAAGUACCAAAAUAUUUCCUCUGCUCCGCUGCACUCUUAACUCAGUUGAUCUAAGAGUCCGAUAUAUUAAGAUUGCAAGUCUGUCUGCAAGACUGCGCGAUUAUCCCGGCUCCAGAAGAUUCAGCUGGUUCCCCAAAACAAAACCAUGCUGUUCACUGCCAGUCUGGUGAUGUUAUGGUGGUACUCCACCUGGGUGAAAGGUAAAUCACCGAAUACAGUGAAUCAGGAGGACACCGAACAGAUCACCAGAAAGAAAACCGAGGAACAACUGGAGUGGCAUUUCACAGAAGGAUCUGAAUCUAGUACUACCUCUGCAGGUGACUCUGAGGUGAACAGUGCUCCUGAGACCGUCAUUGUCCAUGAGACGGAGGAUGCACCUGAGACCGUCAUCAUCCCUCAGAAGGACAGUGCACCUGAGACUGAUAGUGCUACUGAGAUCGUCAUCGCCCCUGAGAUGGAGAAUGCUCCUGAGGCUGACACUGUCCCUGAGACAAACGGUGGUCCAGAAAACAUCAUAGUCCAUAAUAUGGACAGUGCGCCUGAGACUGUCAUCUCCACUGAGAUGGAGAGUGCUCCUGAGGCUGACACUGUCCCAGAGACAAACGGUGGUCCUGAGACCAUCAACGUCCCUAAAAUGGACCGUGUACCUGAGGCUGACACUGUCCCUGAAGUAGACAGUGUCGCUGAGUCUGUCAUCGUCCCUGAGACGGUUAUUGUGACCGAGACCGCCAUCAUCCCUGAGAUGGACGGAGCACUUGACACUAACACUGUCCCUGAGAUAGACAGUUCACCUGAAACUGUUAUUGUCUCUGAGAUGGACAGUGAGAAGGCCAUCAUCCCUGACUUUGUCCUUGAGACUGAAACUGCCUCAGAGAUAACACUGCCCUUGAGACUGAAUCUGUCUCUGAGACUUUCACUGUCUUUCAGCCUCAAACUGCCUCUGAGCCCAAACUACCUCUGA